UCACCAAGCCGUCUGGAAUCAUCAGAGCAGACCACAGGCCGUCAGUUGCAGCGCGUGCUGCACUAUUCGCCUUGCCGAUCAUUGCCAGGCUUUCAAAGGACAGAAUGUGUUUUGCAUGAUGUUGACUGUGAUGAAGUUUACCCAGGAAUUUAUAUUGGCGAUGCUGCGGCAGCAAAAAAUAAAACUUACCUGCGUAUGAUGGGAAUAACACAUGUACUGAAUGCCGCGGAAGGUUGUCGUUAUGGACAAGUGGACACUGGGCACAGUUACUACCGUGAUAUGCCAAGUGUGAGAAGAAACAACAAAGAAACUUUUUUUAGAUAUAUGGGCUUCCCAAUGGUUGAUGCCCCAUCAACAGAUAUAUCCAGAUACUUUUAUGUGGCAGCAAAAUUCAUAGAUAGCGCCAUCAGUGGUGGCGGUAAAAUUCUGGUACAUUGUCUUGUUGGUAUGUCCAGAUCGGCUACAUGUGUGCUGGCUUAUUUGAUGAUUUGUCGUAAAAUGUCUGCACAGGAUGCGAUACGUAAAGUACGCAUGCGUCGUGACAUACGUCCUAACGAAGGUUUCCUGCAACAAUUAGCUGAUUUGGAUAUGGAGCUUAAACGCAAAAAUCUCUAUCCAUACUAAAACAAUCGAAUUGGUCUCCUUUUAUAAAACACAACACACUUUAUAUAUUUAAUAACAUUUAAAACAAAAAGAAAAAAAACUUACAUAUACACUUAAAAGUAAGAACAAGUGGAACACAUAUAUAAAGUUCUAAACUAUUUAUAUUUGUUAUAUAUACUAAAAAAUAAAAAAAUAAAACCAAUUAUAAGGAACAAACAUUUUUAAACGAAUAAACCAAAAACCAAAUAUUGAACAACUGACUAUUAACGUA